CCCUUCGAGUAGACGAACGCACAGCCGAUCUAUACCCACCGAGUCUUCGACGUCGCGAGCAACGAAGCAGAGAUGGCGAGCGCGGCGGCAGCAGCGGUGCCGUUCUGGAGGGCCGCGGGGAUGACCUACAUAACCUACUCCAACAUCUGCGCCUCCCUCGUGCGGUCCUGCCUCAAGGAGCCCUACAAGUCCGAGACCUCUGGCCGGGAGAAGGUCCACUUCAACGUCACCAAGUGGGCCAACGGCAAGCCCGAGAAGCCCGCGGAGCAUUCAUAUGCACUUCUGCCUUGGCUGAUUGCUCGCCUAGUGAAUAAAGCUUCUAUGUUGCUACAAAUGCAAACUAAUGCCUACCUUGCUGGGAUGUGUGAUUCAGUGGUUGUCUACUUUGAUGGAGGUGACCGGAUCCGUUCGUCUGAACCGAGAUCCGCACCGUCGAUCAGAAGCUGCACGCAUUUGAAGAAACAGGAACGGCUCAUCGACGGUCCUGUACAUCUCGAGAAACCCGGAUUCGUUCUCAAAGAAACAUGAUUAUGUAUUUAUGAAAAGAAGCCAAGAAAUAACAAGAGCCAAUGAAGCUGAAGUCAUCAAAAUAUCCUGCACCGAUUCCUACUCCGCUCUCAAAUCAAUCAUUUUAAAC